ACUAUAUGACUUGCAAGUACAAGCAGAGUUUUCGUUCAUAAGUUUUUAAGUGUUUGCAUAAUCCGGACGUGCCCAGUGAGUGAAGAAAGUUGCAUCAUGUCGUGCCCAUUUUUAAGUCGCUUUAGUGCAAAUUAUGUUCGCAAUUAUUCGGAGUUUUUGGUGCAAACAUAUGGCGUUUAUUGUCCUGUUUUAAGCAAGCAAUUUCAUACCAAUGGUAGCGAUGGCAAUAAGGUACCAUCGUCGGCAGUAGCAGCAGCUGUAACAGUGCCAAGGACGAACAUCACUACCACUCCUCAACGCUCUUACUCUUCUGCUCUACAAACGAACGAAUCUUUGGCAAAGCCAACAGCAAAUUGCGUAAAGGAAUUCGGUAAUCGAAAUGCUGCUGCUGAAGUGACCGAAAAGUUUGCCUAUGAACAUUUUUUCCGUGAUCAAAUAAUGAAGAAAAAGCAAGAUUAUUCUUAUCGUAUUUUCCGAAAAGUUAACCGUUUGGCUGGUCCUGGACUUUUCCCUCAUGCCUUAGAAUAUUCCAAAGAUGAGAGGCCUAUUACGGUGUGGUGCUCCAAUGAUUACCUUGGUGUGUCAGCACAUCCAAAGGUAAAAGAUGCAUCCAUCAAAGCUAUUGAGUGUCAUGGAACUGGUGCUGGUGGCACACGUAACAUAUCAGGCAACUCUCUUCACCACGAAAUGCUCGAAAAACGAUUGGCACAGCUUCAUCAGAAAAGCGGGGCACUUAUAUUUACAUCGUGUUUCGUUGCAAAUGAUUCCACGCUAUUUACAUUAGCAAAACUUUUACCUGGAUGCCAUAUAUUCUCGGAUGCAGGCAAUCAUGCAUCGAUGAUACAGGGCAUACGGAAUAGCGGAGUGCCAAAGCAUAUAUUCCGCCACAACGAUGUAAACCACUUGAGAACACUGCUGCAACAGGUGGAUAGAAAUGUACCGAAAAUAGUUGCUUUCGAAACCGUACACUCGAUGACGGGCGCUAUUUGUCCAUUAGAAGAAUUAUGUGAUGUUGCGCAUGAGUAUGGCGCUUUAACUUUUAUCGAUGAGGUGCAUGCAGUUGGUUUGUAUGGACAUAAUGGUGCUGGUAUCGGUGAACGGGAUGGAUUGCUUCCAAAAAUGGAUAUAAUAUCGGGAACAUUGGGCAAGGCUUUCGGAAACAUCGGCGGUUAUAUAGCGAGUAGUUCAAAUUUGAUAGAUAUGAUACGCUCAUAUGCGGCAGGAUUUAUAUUCACAACUUCUCUGCCACCAUCUGUAGUAUGCGGUGCAUAUGCUGCCAUCGAACUUUUGGCCUCAGACGAAGGACGCAAAUUGCGUAGCAAUCACCAGACCAAUGUUAAAUAUUUGAGGAGCUUACUAAAACGCGAAGGUUUUCCAGUUGAAGAAACAAGAAGUCACAUUAUACCAAUUCGCAUUGGAGAUCCCUUAAAAACUACUCAGAUAUCGGACAUCCUUCUCCAUGAAUACGGCCAUUAUAUGCAGGCCAUUAAUUAUCCGACUGUUGCUCGUGGUGAAGAAAAAUUGCGUUUAGCACCGACUCCAUUCCAUACGGUCGAAAUGAUGCAGCAACUGGUGUCUGAUAUGAAGCGUGCAUGGAAAUCUUUAAAAUUACCCAUGGCUGUACCCGCUUGUCCUGAGGGAUGUAUGUUCUGCAACAAUGGGCUAGGGAACGUCUCGAAUAUGCUCAUUCCGCCAUCUAUAAGUGGUGAUUUGAAAUGUGAAAUUCCAAAUUGUCCCAGAGUGGUUGCUGCAAUGGCUUAAUGCAUUUUAUUUAUAAAUAUCACUGAAAUUUUGAAUGGGUAUACCAUACAUACUAAAGGGCAUUUGGUGUCGGAAUUGCUAAUAAAUGAUUUCUUCAAGCACAAAAUAAA